AUGAAGGGCGUGUCGAUCAGGCAGCUGGACGCCAUAAUCAUCCUAGAUAGCGAUGGGAAGCGAAUCGCGGUAAAGUACUACAAUGACCAGUUCCUACCGAAGGGAGAGAGCAAAUUAAUUCACAAGAGCCCGAGCAGAGAUUCGAUCAGCUACCCAUUCGAAGACACGUAUAAUAAUCUACGCACAGUGGAGGAUCAAAAAAUGUUUGAAAAUGAUAUUACAGAGAAGGCUAGGAAGCUUGGUGGGAACUCCAGCGAAACGGAAGUGCUAAUCCUUAGUAAGUUCACUGUCCUUUAUUUGCUAAUAAACGAUGUGAGCAUCUACAUCGUGGGGGACGAGGGAGACAAUGAAAUCAUUCUGCAUGAGAUUAUGCAGACGGUGCAACAAUGCCUUGAAAGUGUAACCAAUAAUCAAAUCGGGAGGAAACAACUCUUGGAAAAAUUAGAUUCCAUUUAUUUAAUACUUGACGAAAUUGCCGAUAGCGGGAUCAUCAUGGAGACGAACCCGAACGUUAUCAUUAACCGGCUGUACAUGCACGAGAGCGACUUGCAGGAGCACACCCCCCUCAACCAGGCCAUCUCCUCCGCGAAAGAGAACAUCAUCCGCAGUUUGCUCAGCGGCACGUAG